CACUUAUUUUGCCCCGAGGACUUGGCAAACAAACGUCGUUUGGGAGCUCCGGAAAAAGCGCGAUGUAUUCGGUGUCAUCAAUGUGGACAUCGUGUGGCCGACUGUCCACUCAAAGAUCGCCGCCUUUCGCGUGCGGCGCAUGUUGCAGCCUCAGAUGAUUUGGUGUCCACACUGAUCGGUCCUUUUUUGUCCCAAGGUUCACAUCCAGCCAAAGGAAGCUCUAUCAAAACUACUGCGCGCUAUUUUUCUGUUUAUCCACCUCCAGCAGUCGGCCCUAAUUUUGGUUUUCGUCCACCACCACCACACCCCGCGCAACAUGUAUUCGCCUUGCUCCCAACCCCAUUCGUGUGUCCACCUCCUUCCGGUCGAAUGGUUCCACAGCACAUGUAUGCUGGAUUCGGACAGCCUCGGGCCCCAUUCGCAAUGAACCGUCAUUCGGUUCCUCAUCCAUCGGUCCAAUCCGAACCGGUAGGCCUUUCUUUCCCUCGCUCCGCGGCAGACUAUCAUCCCAAUUACCUUCCCCGGCAACACUAUCAAUCGCAUCCAAAGCCCCCGCGAGUUCCGAGUGGUCCACGUCCGCAUAUGUCCACCCGCCACCCAUACCCGCCCCAGGAUGCUCAACGCGAAAGAUUUGCCCGACCGGAACAUCCCGUUUGGACCGCGAAUGAAAAUGCCUACGAGCAUCAUUUCCCUCCGCCCAAGCAUUUGGGCUCACAAACUGCACCGCCCACAACUGUAGUGCACCAACAACCUCAGUCGACACAUUUUGUCAGUCCAGUCAAGCAAUCCACUCCUAAUAAAACUUCCGUUCAACCAACACACGCGAAUCAUCCGGGCUCUGUUUGUCCUACCUCGUCGCAGUCCAAACCCCCCGCCAAUGUUGGUAAUUCGAUUGAGACUGUUGCGAAUACGACCCAACCUGCGUCAUCUGAUUUGGCCUCGCCCCUUCCGGACUCAGGGAGCAAAAGAAAUAGACGCCGAAAUAAGCGUCAUCCUUACAAGAACAACAACAACAAUAGUGAAACCAACAACUGUGUCAAUAAUAGCGAUAAUCAGCCCCUCUCAAACAAUCUUGACAGUGAUACACACCCCAAGCAUGUAAAGCAAGUAGUUCAGGGCCCCGUACGAGGUCGUUUCAACUGUUCCACACGACUGGGUACAACGGGGAGGACGGAGGCAGAUCUGUCGAAACGUUUUCAGCACAUGUCAACCGCAACUGGUGGUCCACGUUGA